AUGGCUCGCCAAGCUCACGUAACCUAUAAGGAGAUGAGCGGGUUAGGAGAGAAUAUCACGUUUUUCCCUCGCGAUCUCGAUCCUGAUUCUAUUGUUGAACAUUGGUAUGAAGAACAUGAGAAAUACGAGUACGAAACUCCCGGAUGGCAGUGUGGAACAAAUUAUUUCACACAAGUAAUCUGGAGGGAAACGGAAGAGGUUGGAAUAGGAAGAGCGUUCGUGGAACCCGAUACUAUGGAAAACCAGAAUAGGAAAACGCCUUUGAGAAGCGGUAAAUUAGCAGCACCAGGCGACCAAGUGAUUGUAGCGUUUUAUCGCCCCGCUGGUAACAAUAAUAGAGCAGGACAAUUUGCUGGUAAUGUGCUGAAACCGCUGAGACGAGACGAAUCGUUUACGGAAUGA